AUGAUAAGGAGAGCGGGAAUAUUGAUUAAUGUCUUUGCAGAAAUGAACUUAAAAAAUGAGAAAAGGGGUGAAGUUAAAAAUAGUCUUGCAACCACCAAAUUUGAAUAUCGAGGCAAAAGCGAGAGUGAUUAUAACCAAUAUUUAGAACAAAGAAAAGCGAACGAAAGUUUAGUCGAAAUCAUUGACAAGUUUAUAGAUUAUACCAACGCUCGCAAUGUUACUUGUGAUGAUUAUGCUUCAUAUUACACAGACUAUUUCGCAUGGGAAGAAAGAAUUUUUCGUGAUGAAAAAGAACAAGAAAUUUAUGAUUUACUCCGGCCAGAAUGA